CCCCCUUUGGCCCUUUGGCUUUACUCUUCUGAUUUCCACUUUUAUCUUAUCCCACCCGCCCCUUCUCCAUCCCAAGACCCAACUUUCCAACCUUUUGAUCAAUUUCAACCCACCUCCCCCCUUCUAGAACCACACUCGCUCCUCUCCUCUCGCUUCUUUCCAUUCACAUCCCCCCUAUUCUUAUAUAACCUGCCCCCUCCCACUAUUCAUUACCGAAAGGGGUCAGGUACCUACACCUACAAUCAUGGCAACUCUCGCAGAACAUCCUAUGCACGCCACGGCCUCGCCGAUGCCGAUGAACACCACUUACGAUCAAGACCUCGACUCCUUCAUCAACUUCGAUCAACUCGCCUACACUUCCGCCGAGGCCGCCCGUCCCAAGGUCGCGCUCGCCAGUCAGUCGUCCGUCACCGGCACCGAGUACAGCGCCAGUGAUGUUCGCAGCACCAGCUUCGCUUCCAGUGGACAAUCCCCCCUCGCUUUCCCUGCCCCUAGCCACCACUACGAAGAGCACCGCCAGCAGACUGGUCUUCCCCCCGGUGCCUUGUCCAUGACCUUUAACCAGGUCCCCCAGAUGAACUUCAGCAACGGCGGCCAGGCUUACCCGAUGAAUGGAGACGUUUUCCCUACACAGAUGAAGCGUGAGGAAACGUCCUUUGACUUCAACACCGCCCCGGUUCGUAACCCAUCUGAGAUGGAUGUCGAGUCCGACGGUCUUCCCAACGCUCCGUAUUUCUUCCAGGCUGGCGCUGGCAAGAACCAAUAUGUCGACCCCAACGCGCUCGGCGGCCAUGAGCUGGCUCAGGCCGGUCCGUCCACACAGGUUGGCCGCAUGUACCCUGGCAUGCAUCAGCAGCAGGCUGCUAUGGCCAAGGCCCAACAACAAAGGCAGCACAACGACAUGAUCCGUCAACAACAGAUGCAACAGCGUCGUGUGGAGGAGGUUCCCAAUGCUGCCGCUCCCCGUGGCACCCGUCAGCCCGAUCCCGUUGUUGAGGAACGUAUCUCGCGCCUGCUCCAACAGAUGCGUGCCAAUGCCGUCGCCGCCGGCGAGACCUCCCCCUCUCCUUCCUCCGUCCUGCCUCACAUGGCAAAGGCCAAGAAGGACGAAGCUGAUAUGGAUGAGGAUGAGCGUCUCUUAGCUAGUGAGGAGGGCAAGAAGCUCAGCAGCAAAGAGCGUCGCCAGCUGCGCAACAAGGUGUCCGCACGUGCUUUCCGCUCACGUCGUAAGGAGUACAUCGGUCAACUCGAAAGUGAGAUUGCCACCCGCACCAACGAGGCUCACGAGCUGCGUCUGCAAAACCGUGCCCUCUACGAGGAGAACGCCCGCCUGAACGACUUGGCCCGCAUGCUCCUGGGCUCUCCCCACUUUUCCAGCUUCCUGAACGACAUGCCCGACACCCUCUCAUCUCAAAUGGCCGCCCCUCAGCAGCCUCAGCAGCAGGUCCAGCACCAGCAGCCUGCUCCUCAAGCUACGAUCUCCAAGGAGGCCACUCCUGCCCGUCUCCAGGACUUCCAGAUGCAGCAAAACUCCCAGGUCGCCAUGGCCAUGGUCCCCAACCAGGCUAUGAACGCCUCCAUGAUGACCAGCAACGGUUGGAACUCGGGUAUCGACAUGAACUACGGCAACGCUCCAGUAUUUGCAGUUCUGGAAGUGCCUGCGGGUCCCGAGCUCGACAUUGAGGCUCUCUGUGGCAAGUCGCUCACUCCUCUGUCCAGCGAGAAGACCGAGGCUCCCGUCCUUGACCUGCCUGAGAUCCCCGACCUGGAUGCUCUGACCCAGAAGUCCGAUGUCAGCUUCCUCGCUGACUCCGAGUCGGACCUCUUUGCUGAUUCGCCUGCCACUUUCAGCUCUGGUGAUGAUGCGCUUGUCUUUGACGGUAUUCUGACCGAGAAGGCCUCCCCCAGCUACCAGUUGGUGGUUGAGAACCCCGACGAGGUUAAUGCCGCCGACAAGAUCCGUCUGAGAUCGCUCUGCCAGAGCAUGCACGCCGCCUUUGAGCGGGUGUCAUUAGCCACCUCCCACCUCCAGUGAUUCCCCAUAUAGCGUCCUACCUUUCUGGUCCCCAAUUUUCUUUGUAUAUCUGCCUAUUCAUGUACUAGCAUUAUCCCGUCACCUUUCUUCUUCGUGCUUUCUUCUUUUAUAUGGCCUGGUGAUACAUCUACGCCGAACUGUCUAGCUAUAUCUUGCGAGUGAUCGGGCUGGAGUUCUCAGAUGUCGCCUCGGGAGUUUUGUGGCGCUUCUUCAUUCGUUUUUUAACAUCAUGUGUAUCUCCCGGGCUGGGCUAUGGGCUUUUUGGGUGGAAAUUUUGUAGCGAUUACUCGGCGCAUAUAUGAUGAAACAGCGAAAUAACUGCUGAAAAUUGAUUGAACUACUCUAUGGAUAAAUAUCUCCAAGCCUCAUAAUUCCAGCUCUUUUUAAUGUACGUAUAAAUCGGUCGUCGAUGUAAUGGGUGAUCAAGUAGUUUUCUUUAAGGUCUGAUGGCGAC